CCUGAUCCUUAGCUCCGGGCACGAGCUUCCAUUAGCCAUCCGACGAUGGAGUACACCAGGAGAGCCCUCGCAGCUCUUGGCCUAGUCAGGGGCCCCGCAGCAGCAGCAGCAACAGCAGCAGCAACAGCCCCGACGAGCAACACCUCUCCCGCCUCGGGGCGGACCGACAACACGCAAUCCCCGGACCAGGUCGGCCCGGACGGCAAGAGGCGGUGCCGCUUCUUCGACGAGCAGCGGAGCGAGCCCCACCCGGAGUGCUGCGGGUGCGGCCACAUACUCCGGGACGCGCCGCCCUGCAUGUGCGACAUUUGCCACGCGCUAAACUUCCCUGUGCCUUCUUCUUCUUCUUCUUCUUCUUCUUCUUCCACUAGCAGGCCCGUGACGCCCAAAAAACAGGGGGCAGCGAGCAGCAGCAGCAGCAGCAGCAGCAGUAGCAGCGCUAAGCCGGCGGGAGCAGCAACCCAGACCGGCCGGGACGUCGUGAUGCCCGCAUCGGGCCCACGCCGCCGUCCCCAGAUGGGAGAGGACGGCGGCCGGCAAGCACGGCUGCUGCUGUUGCGGCAAAGCAGCAGCAGCAGCAGCGGCACGGACACGACCGCAUCGUCGUCCGACUGGGUGCGGGUGGGGUCGCCGGCGGCGGCUCGGGACGGAAGUGCCGCUCUGGAUCUGCCGGGUGCCGACGACGAUUGGGGGGAGGUUCGGGACAGAAACGAGAGCAGGCAGGAGGGGGACGGGGAGACGGCGUGGCGGGCUUACCAGAGUCGCCUUUUGGCGCGGGGGAGCCCGGCAGCAGCGUCAGGGGGCGUCAAGAAGAGCGUGAGGUCCAUGGCACCAAGAGACCCAUCCUGACCAUGCUGGCAUAAAUAUCAAUGUAAUUCUGUCCCAUGUAAGCAAAUCUAGUCUAUAUCUCCUAAAGACAGCCG